AUGAAUUAAAAUAAGUUUAACUCAGAAUUAGUAAGGAAAUCGAUUGAAAAUAAAUCAUUCAAUCGGUUCAUUGAUAUUUUUGGUUAUUUAGAGAGGAUUCUUAAUCUUAAUAUAUAAAGUCAAUAAUAAACUGCAUAAUAGAUGAUUCAAAGUUAAAAAUUAUUUAGUAAAAUAAUCAACAGAAAGCAAAAAAAAAAUAAAAAGGGGUUUUAGAUAUUAAAUAUUCAAAAAAAGAGAUAUAAGGAUAUUUGGAAUCUUUGUAAUAAAAAAUAAUAAAUGAAAAGUUUGAAAUACCUAAAAUAAUCAUUUAAUGCAAAAUAUAAUAAAAAAGUGAUAAAAAGUGAGAGACAAGACAAGUAAAAUAAUAACAAUUUUCAUUUGCAUAAACAGGUGUCUAAUAAUAUUAAAAAAAAUAAUGAAUAUUUUUAGGAUAUUUGUGAAAAUUCAAAUAUAAAUUUUUUCACGCUAAACUUUUUAGAUUACUUGAUUGAUAGAGAUUCUUAAAAUUCAGAAAAUUAUUAUAAAAAAGGUAAAAAUGAAAAAUAUUGUUAUAGCUAAUGCUUUAUUAAAAAUGAAUAGAUUUGAAGAAGCAUUGGAGUAUUAUGAUUCAGCUAUUCAGAAAAACCCAGAAGAUGCAGAUUUUUAUAAAUGUAAAGGUAUAAUUUAAUGAUGUAUAUAUUUGUUUAGCGAUUGCAUUAGAAAAAAUGAAUAGAUUUGAAGAAGCAUUGGAGUAUUAUGAUUCAGCUAUUCAGAAAAACCCAGAAGAUGCCGAUUUUUAUAAAUGUAAAGGUAUAAUUUAAUGAUGUAUAUAUUUGUUUAGCGAUUGCAUUAGAAAAAAUGAAUAGAUUUGAAGAAGCAUUGGAGUAUUAUGAUACAGCUAUUCAGAAAAACCCAGAAGAUGCCGAUUUUUAUAAAUGCAAAGGUAUAAUUUAAUGAUGUAUAUAUUUGUUUAGCGAUUGCAUUAGAAAAAAUGAAUAGAUUUGAAGAAGCAUUGGAGUAUUAUGAUACAGCUAUUCAGAAAAACCCAGAAGAUGCCGAUUUUUAUAAAUGCAAAGGUAUAAUUUAAUGAUGUAUAUAUUUGUUUAGCGAUUGCAUUAGAAAAAAUGAAUAGAUUUGAAGAAGCAUUGGAGUAUUAUGAUACAGCUAUUCAGAAAAACCCAGAAGAUGCCGAUUUUUAUAAAUGCAAAGGUAUAAUUUAAUGAUGUAUAUAUUUGUUUAGCGAUUGCAUUAGAAAAAAUGAAUAGAUUUGAAGAAGCAUUGGAGUAUUAUGAUACAGCUAUUCAGAAAAACCCAGAAGAUGCCGAUUUUUAUAAAUGCAAAGGUAUAAUUUAAUGAUGUAUAUAUUUGUUUAGCGAUUGCAUUAGAAAAAAUGAAUAGAUUUGAAGAAGCAUUGGAGUAUUAUGAUACAGCUAUUCAGAAAAACCCAGAAGAUGCCGAUUUUUAUAAAUGCAAAGGUAUAAUUUAAUGAUGUAUAUAUUUGUUUAGCGAUUGCAUUAGAAAAAAUGAAUAGAUUUGAAGAAGCAUUGGAGUAUUAUGAUACAGCUAUUCAGAAAAACCCAGAAGAUGCCGAUUUUUAUAAAUGCAAAGGUAUAAUUUAAUGAUGUAUAUAUUUGUUUAGCGAUUGCAUUAGAAAAAAUGAAUAGAUUUGAAGAAGCAUUGGAGUAUUAUGAUACAGCUAUUCAGAAAAACCCAGAAGAUGCCGAUUUUUAUAAAUGCAAAGGUAUAAUUUAAUGAUGUAUAUAUUUGUUUAGCGAUUGCAUUAGAAAAAAUGAAUAGAUUUGAAGAAGCAUUGGAGUAUUAUGAUACAGCUAUUCAGAAAAACCCAGAAGAUGCCGAUUUUUAUAAAUGCAAAGGUAUAAUUUAAUGAUGUAUAUAUUUGUUUAGCGAUUGCAUUAGAAAAAAUGAAUAGAUUUGAAGAAGCAUUGGAGUAUUAUGAUACAGCUAUUCAGAAAAACCCAGAAGAUGCCGAUUUUUAUAAAUGCAAAGGUAUAAUUUAAUGAUGUAUAUAUUUGUUUAGCGAUUGCAUUAGAAAAAAUGAAUAGAUUUGAAGAAGCAUUGGAGUAUUAUGAUACAGCUAUUCAGAAAAACCCAGAAGAUGCCGAUUUUUAUAAAUGCAAAGGUAUAAUUUAAUGAUGUAUAUAUUUGUUUAGCGAUUGCAUUAGAAAAAAUGAAUAGAUUUGAAGAAGCAUUGGAGUAUUAUGAUACAGCUAUUCAGAAAAACCCAGAAGAUGCCGAUUUUUAUAAAUGCAAAGGUAUAAUUUAAUGAUGUAUAUAUUUGUUUAGCGAUUGCAUUAGAAAAAAUGAAUAGAUUUGAAGAAGCAUUGGAGUAUUAUGAUACAGCUAUUCAGAAAAACCCAGAAGAUGCCGAUUUUUAUAAAUGCAAAGGUAUAAUUUAAUGAUGUAUAUAUUUGUUUAGCGAUUGCAUUAGAAAAAAUGAAUAGAUUUGAAGAAGCAUUGGAGUAUUAUGAUACAGCUAUUCAGAAAAACCCAGAAGAUGCCGAUUUUUAUAAAUGCAAAGGUAUAAUUUAAUGAUGUAUAUAUUUGUUUAGCGAUUGCAUUAGAAAAAAUGAAUAGAUUUGAAGAAGCAUUGGAGUAUUAUGAUACAGCUAUUCAGAAAAACCCAGAAGAUGCCGAUUUUUAUAAAUGCAAAGGUAUAAUUUAAUGAUGUAUAUAUUUGUUUAGCGAUUGCAUUAGAAAAAAUGAAUAGAUUUGAAGAAGCAUUGGAGUAUUAUGAUACAGCUAUUCAGAAAAACCCAGAAGAUGCCGAUUUUUAUAAAUGCAAAGGUAUAAUUUAAUGAUGUAUAUAUUUGUUUAGCGAUUGCAUUAGAAAAAAUGAAUAGAUUUGAAGAAGCAUUGGAGUAUUAUGAUACAGCUAUUCAGAAAAACCCAGAAGAUGCCGAUUUUUAUAAAUGUAAAGGUAUAAUUUAAUGAUGUAUAUAUUUGUUUAGCGAUUGCAUUAGAAAAAAUGAAUAGAUUUGAAGAAGCAUUGGAGUAUUAUGAUUCAGCUAUUCAGAAAAACCCAGAACAAGCAGAUUAUUUUAUUGGUAAAGGUAAUUACUAAACUUUAAUUUUAAAGCCAAUACUUUAUACCUAUUAAAAAAUUUUGAUUCAGCACUAAAAUAUUGUGAUUAUGCAAUUUAGAGGGACGAUAAUAAUACCAAUUAUAAAUUAUUCUAAAGUAAUAUUCAUAAUUUAUAAAUAGGUUUAUUAUAAAUUUCGAAAAAUAUAAAUUAUUGA